AUCCUAGAUCAAGUGACAUUUCUUCACCCAUACACCACAGAGCAAGUACAUCAUCCGAGGUCAAGCCAUCUAUAUCUUCCCAUUCUUCAGUGUCCAAUCCUUCAAUAUUUUCCACUGAUUUUCGAUACGGUUCCACUUCUUCCUUGAACUCAACAACACCCACAAUAACAACAAUGUUGCCACCACCUGCUACCACAUCUACUGCUUCAUACGCAUACCAGCCCGCGAAUGUCGGCGCUAACCCAGGAUCCACCAGCCAAACACCUACUGCUAACAAUACUUCUCGUGCUUCUGGUUCUACAGGUACCGCCGGUGCCACAAACCCUUCGGCAUCCAAUACACCAAUUUCUGGUACUGGUGCAUCAUCUAACCCACCACCCACCAAUGCUCAAUUAACUUCUAAAUUUAACGCUCAUGAUAUUCAAGUAUUACGACAAUUAUUAGUUGCUGGAGAGAAGCACAAGUGGAAGCAAAUAACUAAAGAAAUUAAUCAAACUUCAAACAAUAACGCUGCUGCGGCCGCCGCAGCUGCAGCUACUAAUUCUCAACAGCUGGGGUAUGGAUACCGAAACGCAAAUUCUGGUGGUGCUGGUGGUGCCGCAGGUACUGGAGCUAAUGCAGGAGCUAGGGCCGGGGGUCAGUCUGCUCCAAAGAAUGUGUCGCCUACUUUUGUCAUGAAACAAUAUCAAAGUUUAUUGGGGUUGCCUAACAAUUCUAUAUAUUUUGGAACUUUGGGUUCUAGCUUACCUUAUGUUGUAGCUCCUAAUGGAUGGGAUGAUAUAGGAGAACAACACUACCAACAUCAUUUUGGUGAUGAUCUUGAGUAAAAAAAAAGAGACAAACACUACUACUGUUACUUUUGUAUUUCUAUUUUUGUUUUAUUCUGUAUAAUUAAAUAAAUUUUAUUCCUCUUUUCUACAAUCGACACAUGCGGUUCCGUCGUUUAAUUUGUAGUCCAGUCCCCGGUCAAUAUGUUUACCAACUUGCAAUCCCAACUUAUUCUUUAUUAAUACUUUAAUAAACUUUGAAUCGGGGAAACCGUCAUAUGUAUAUUUUUCCUCGCCUUCAUCAGCAUACUUUUCUUGCAAUUCUUUGGAUUUGAAUUUCCGUUUGUAUAUGAUCUCACUGGCGGAGUUUGAUGUUACCAACACAAUUUGAAAUACCCCCGGCUGGUCUAAAAUCGGCUGUAAGGAAAUAUCUUGAAUUUCUUCAGGGAAUGUUUGUAGGAUUUCUUGUAAAUACCAUACUGCUCUAUUCUGCCACUUGCAUUUAUUACAAUAUUGGAUUAUUAUUCGGGGAUAUCUUUCAAUUGAGACCGUCAUCGUCAGACACAGAAUUAGCGUAGUCCAGCCAGCC